CGCGUCAGUGGAGCGUCGAGCGGUCCAACAUGGAGCUGAGGGAGCUGGCUGUGGACGCGUUUGCCCGGAAUAGGAAAGCUGCUCUUCUUGCCGCCGGUGGUGUUGCAGUUCUGGGGUUUGUUGGUCUCGGAUAUAAAUACCUGCAAAAGCCCGAAAAAGUAGUCCGCGUGGGAGUGGUGUCGAAGCUCCUCAUUCACCCGCUGAAGUCUGGCAAAGCUGUGUCUGUGACUCUGGCAGAAUGCCAAAAGAAGGGGUUGAAGUUGGGAAAUCUGCAGGAUCGACACUGGCUGGUGAUCACGGAGGACGGCCACAUGGUGACGGGCCGACAGCAGCCCGCCAUGGUGCUGGUGUCCCUGACCUGCGAGGGAGAUCAGUUGUGUCUGAACGGCCCAAACAUGGAGGAGCUGAGAUUCCUCUUCCAACUGUCCGACAACGCCGUCAUCGACUGCAGAGUGUUUGGAGAAGACAUUCAGGGAAGGGACUGUGGCGACGAACCGUCUCGCUGGCUCACUCGUUAUCUGGGGGAGGAGAAAACCUUUCGCCUGGUGCACUAUGAGCCCCAGAUGAAGGGCAGGAGGCCGGAGGAGAGCAACCCUCUUACCCUAAAAAUGGAGGACGUGGCCUAUUCCGAUGCAGCACCUGUGAUGCUGCUGUCCGAGUCCUCGGUCACGGCUCUCAACAACAAAUUAGCAGACGACGUCACGGUGGAGCGUUUCCGCCCAAGCAUCGUCAUCAGUGACUGUGAAGCGUUCGACGAGGAUUCGUGGGAAGAGCUCCAGAUUGGCAGCGUGCGACUACAGCGUGUAAUGUCAUGUGGCCGAUGCAUUUUCACCACCGUUGACCCUGAAACGGGUGUAAUAACCAGAAAAGAGCCUCUGGAGACACUGAAAAGCUAUCGUCAGUGUGAACCAUCCGACAAGCACAUCUACAAAUCGGCUCCGUUGUUUGGACAGCUGUACAACGUGAAGAAGACGGGGUUCCUGCAGGUCGGCGAUGUAGUGUACAAGAUCAGCCGUUGAUGGAGGGAGUCAAGGGGGUUAAAGUUUAAACGCAUGGCAACAUUAUCGUGGUAUGAUCAAUGAGCGAGGCCACGCUAAAGAAACCAUCUGCAUCGAGGAAGUAAGAAGAAGUCUGAACAACAUUUCCACUGCUCUUUUAAUCAUGAAAGUACAUUCUGCUGUUAACAAGUGAAAUUAAACUUUGUAACACAAAACGUAACAUGUGUAAUUAUUCCUGGAAUAAAUGGUGUAAAGCA